ACACAGGCAAUCCCUUUGUUAUAUUCAACGCUCCCCCAUUUUUCCUGCAACUUAAACUAAGCUUUUCUUCCUCUUCCCCUCGCGAGUUCUAACCAAAAAAUCCCGAAUGUUAACCAUAAACUGCUUUUCAUUCCACAGACGGUGCUUGACCCAGUCAGUGGUUCCAGUAUGUUCUGUUUAUUUUUCAAAUUGACAGAUUAUCUCGUGAGAGCUGACGAUAGUUCUGCGAGUUGCCUUGGUGAUGUUUUUGGUCCCGGCGCUGGAUUGGACGUUUCGGCGGAGAAGCGGGCCAAUAGCGGUAGUCUACUUUGCUUUGCGAACUCUGCGCGGAAAGCUCGAACCGGCUGAGGAGAACGGGCUUCUGUCGCGAUCGAAGUCGGAACGGUGUGGACGUUGAAAUUUGGGCGCCUCCUUCGCCAAAGAAAAGUUCAUCAUGACAGAGGCCUUGAAGAAAACGAACCCCGUUACGUCAGUUUCCAGAAAUGAAUGUAGGAUUCGAUCUGUAAAGCUGGUUGACGUCAACAAAGAAAACUGUCCUGACCUAGUGAAGCCAGAGAAAGGAGCUACCAAGCGUGGCAGUAGACUACCUGUGCCAGUGAAAAAGUGCAAAGUAAAAUCAGCUCCAGACUUCAAAAAGUUGCAUCAAAAUUGGGAUCGAAACUUCCAGAAGAAACAAACAGCUGCCAAGAAGGCUUGCACACAGCCAGUUCCAUUUAACUUUGCAAUACCUAGAGGAGCCAAAUCAUCUGGGCCUGUGAACACAAAUCAAACAACUGGUAAAAAUACUCUGGAACUGUCGUUGGCAGUAACCAAGGAAGAGUCACUCAAAUCUGAGGAAAGUUGUCCAGUUGGUGCCAAAUGUGUAAUGGUAGAUACAGAUCUGGCUGAAACAGUACCAACCCUGAAGCCUAACUCUGGAGAGCUACUGCUCCAAGAUAAGCAAGGCUUCAAUCCUAGUACAUCCAAUCAACAAAUUGACCAGAAUGUGGCAAUGAAGAAAAAGAAACACUUUGAUCGUUGGCAGGCAAGUCAAACUCCAAGCAAAACCAAGAGCUCCAAGGUCCAGAAUUUAGCACCAGGGAUCAAGUCGUCUUCGCCAGUGAAAGAAAAAAUUGAGAUCCUACAGAAAAAGACCAUUAAACCAAAAGCAGGCAAUAGUGAUGGAGAUUUUGUGAGUAAUCCAAUGGCAUUACAGAGCAUCCUAUCGAAUGUUGGAAUUGAUGCAUUUAAUAUUAUCAGUGACAAACCCAGUCUGGCAAAUGGAGUGUCUGUGAAAAAGAGCAUCCUAAAUUCUAAGCCACCUAAUCUAAAUCCAGGUAAUAUCAAAAGUAUGGCACUGGGGAAUGCCCUAUCGACUGAUGACAGGAAUACUUUCAGCAUCCUCUAUGGCAAAUCUAGCAUGAUAAUCCAAGCCCCUGCGAAGGACAGUGUACUCCAUUGCAAGUAUCCUGCGCAAAACCCAUUUGCGAUGGGGAGAUCAUCAUAUAUGCCUUGUAAUCGCCCUGCUCUUCCAUUUUCCUCGGGUCGUGCUUCCUGUAUUGCUAAACUGGAUACCAAGGCUUCUGAAAUAAGUUCUCCAAACAGAAUUCUUCAACCAUUGAAACUGUACAACCCAAUGAGCAGUAGACAUCAUUUAUCAUCAAAGAAAUUAGCCAGACAUAAACCUAAUGGCCCAGACUCCAACUUGAUGGAAGGAGCUAGUGAGUCUUCUAGCUGUGCCACUCCCAUGUUGAUUUCUGCUGGAGCUUCCUGUACUUUGAAACCAAAUACCAGAACUCUGGGCAUGCAAUCACCUGAAAAUGUGUCACGGCCAUCUAACUAUCCCUCGAGCAGUACUCGCACUCCAUCUGAAAAGCUAUGGCAAUCGAGCCACACACCUGCUCCCCCCUCCAGUGUGGUUGCAAAUUACAAAUAUGUGAAAUGGUCAGAUGUUUGCUCUGUUAAAGGCAAGGAUACUAACAGGACUGCAUCAGACAAUGAAAAGGAUCCAAUGGAUCAGGUAGUAAUUUGUCUUUUCAAUGAUCCUGAGGAUGGAAAUAAAGAGAAAGUACCAGAGACACCAAGCCUGAAGCAAGAACAAGAAGGACCAAAGUCUCAGGAGAGUCCAGCACUUGUGGACCUAAAGCUGGAAAAGCUGAAGAAAAUUGAGCUCCUUGCUCAGCUUCUACGGAAAGAGAUUCAGGAGGUGAAGAUAAUUGAAGAGACACUUGCAGAAAGCAGGUGUGAUGCAAGUGUACCCUUCCUGUCAGAAGGAUGUCCCAAACUGUCUGGUGCCAUCUUGAAACCUAGUCCCAUUGCCACUGCCUCCAAUCAGCAAGAAGCUGAAGGAUGUGUUCCACCAUCCGGCAAUACAGAACCGACUUCCAGUCAAAAACCUACAGUGGUGCACGACUCAGAAAAGAUUAAUGCUGUUUCUGGAGCUGCAAGUGAGUUUUGUACUAUCAAGCAGCAGUCUGAGAUCUUGCUUCCUUCCACUGAACACCCUUUGAAUGUGAUGGGCACAUUACCCACAUCUGUCAGCUACAACUCUGCAGACUUGCUCCCAACUGCCCAAGGAUUGAAACGCCAAUCUCCCUCCUGUAGUAGCAACACAGAGAGAAGUAGCCUGUACUUGACUGACAUGAAACAGAGGUUUGGUGAGAUCCAUUCUGGGUGCCGGAAGCAUUUUCAGGAGGCUCUUUUGGAUGAAGAGGUUGCCUGCUACUUUCCUCAUGUCAAUCUGUCACUUGAUGGGAGGAAAGAAAGAAGCUGCACCAACCCUGUGGCCAAAAUACUUGAGCAGCAAGAAGUUAUGCACUUUGUCCCAAUUGAGCUACCUCCCCGCAUAACCAGCCAGGAGUCUGUCAAGGAAUGUCUACUGUCUGUUCAGGAGGAGCAAGGAAGCCCUGCCCUGUAGAUGCAUUUAUGAAGUUUGGAAUUUUCUGUUUUAUUGUUCUAAUUCCAGUGAGGAAACAAGUUUAAUUGCAGUAAAAUGAUGCCCUUUGAACUUUGGUUACAUUGCCAGUUGGAGAGCAAUUUUCAGUGUUCCACACUAAAACACAAAGACCAUACUUUAUUUACAUAAAUCUUUCUCUACAUAUGCUGUCUCAUUUGUACAAGUAAGCACUUAGUGAUUAAUCAAUUCAAUACACUGCCUGAUUCGCACAAGCAUCCGGGCAACGUAACACUUCUACCUACUAUUGUAAACAACGUCUUUCAGCAAUGUGGAAAUUGUCUAAAUUUCAGUGUACCUGACAAUACACUAACACACUGUGACCACUUGAUUAAUAAGUUGUGGUGUGUUUCCUGUUAUCUCUGAUAUGAACAAGACAUUAUGAUGCAUGCAACUACAAUCCUUUUGGAGCUACCAGUUUUAUUAUUAAAGGACUCCUGCAGUUUCACAACCUUGAGUUACACCAGUUAACUGAAAUUUCCCUAUAAACUGAUUGCAGGAGCUUGGCGACUGCCACAAAGUUAAGGGAAUGCAAUGCCUAUUUAAACUAGAGAAUGCAGAGCAUAUAUUGGUACAUAUGACUGCUUCUUAAGUACAAGGACAACAGUUUAUUUUCUAACAAUGCCAUGGUGCAGUAAUGUAUCCAGUUUAAACUGAAUUGUUAGCCAAGUGUAAAAUAACCUGUUUAAAAGUAGUUUCCCAAAUCCAGUGACUCAUUUGAUUCAGAUUCAACCAGGAGUGUUCAACAGUGAAGGUAGCCAAAGUCUAUUUGUAAAUCUUGCGACACCACCAAAAUAUGUUUGCAAAUUUAAAAAUACAACAUCCAUCCUCAGUCUCCUCCAUCAUUUGGUGUGUCUGAAAACUACUCAGCAUCAUAUUGACUUGUACUUAAUAUGUAAGUAUGGCAUUAUACUAUUCAGAUGUUAUCUUUGCACACUUCCCCAUUGAGUGGAGCUUUUGUGUGCCAGGGUUGAGUUUUAAUAUUUCUGACAAAAUUCCUAUUAACUAGUUACUGAUGAGCCAGUGGCUUGGUGCCCUGAAUGUCAGUAAAACUAUUGUUUACACUUUAUAACCAAUAUAUGCUUAAAUCUUGACUAUAUCUGUUGUAUUUGGGCACAAGUUAAGUUCUUUUGUCUUGUAAUUUAUGCAGUUUUGAAAGUUAAAAUAAAUUUUCACUUGACUAUUUUGAGUUUUA